UUGCUCAUCGCGUUCGACGAUGUUCAACCUUUCGAACAGAACCGCGAAAGCGGUGCGGUCCCUGCAGCGCCUCGCUGCAGGAAUGGCCACUGCUGCUCCUCGGAUUGGCGACACCAAAGUCCCAAUGUCCUUACUUGAGAAAGGGGCAUUCAUCAACUAUCAACGCAUCGAAGACAAUCUCGUUAUCGUUCGUGAGAGGCUGGGACGUCCUCUGACGCUGUCGGAAAAGAUUCUGUACGGUCAUCUCGACGACCCGCAUGGUCAGGAUAUUGAGCGGGGAACGAGCUACCUGAAGCUUCGACCAGAUCGUGUUGCAUGCCAGGAUGCGACUGCUCAGAUGGCCCUACUUCAAUUUAUGAGUGCAGGGAUGGAUACUGCAGCCGUCCCCACCACCGUCCACUGUGACCACUUGAUUGAGGCCCAGGUUGGAGGGGUAAAGGACUUGGCGCGCGCUAAGGAAAUUAACAAGGAGGUCUAUGACUUUCUGGCAACGGCAACGGCGAAGUAUGGUCUCGGUUUCUGGAAACCAGGCUCUGGUAUCAUCCAUCAAAUUAUCUUGGAGAAUUAUGCCUUCCCCGGAGGUCUUAUGAUUGGUACGGAUUCACAUACUCCCAACGCCGGAGGUCUUGGCAUGAUUGCUUGCGGUGUUGGUGGUGCCGACGCUGUCGAUGUCAUGGCUGAUAUCCCCUGGGAGCUCAAAUGUCCCAAGGUUAUUGGUGUCAACCUUACGGGCAAGAUUGGCGGCUGGACAACACCUAAGGAUGUUAUUUUGAAGGUCGCAGGUAUUCUUACGGUUAAGGGUGGAACUGGUGCUAUCGUCGAGUACAAGGGUCCUGGUGUCGAAUCGUUGUCUUGCACGGGUAUGGCCACUAUCUGUAACAUGGGUGCUGAAAUAGGUGCAACCACCUCUUUGUUCCCCUUCAACCACCGUAUGGCCGACUAUUUGAAGGCUACAAAGCGAGAGGACAUUGCCAACUAUGCCCGACAGUUUUCCUACAAUUUGCAGGCAGACAAAGAGGCGGAGUAUGACCAAGUCAUCGACAUCAAUCUCUCUGAACUUGAACCCCACAUCAAUGGACCUUUCACGCCGGACCUCGCCACUCCUAUCUCGCAGUUUGCUGCUGAGGUCAAGAAGAACAACUGGCCCGAAGAGCUCAAGGUUGGCCUUAUCGGCUCAUGCACCAAUUCGUCAUACGAGGACAUGUCUCGGUCUGCGUCUAUCGCCAAGGAGGCUGCCAGCCACGGACUCGAAACUAAGAGCAAAUUCACGAUUACUCCAGGAUCUGAGCAGGUUAGGGCUACCAUUGAGCGGGAUGGGCAAAUCGCUGCUUUCGAGCAAGUUGGUGGUCUUGUUUUGGCCAAUGCUUGCGGACCCUGCAUUGGCCAGUGGGACAGAAGAGAUGUGAAGAAGGGAGAAGCCAACUCUAUUAUCACCUCGUACAACCGUAACUUUACUGGACGUAACGACGCGAACCCGGCAACCCAUGCGUUCGUCGCAUCUCCUGACAUCGUUACCGCUAUGGUCUUCGCUGGAUCCUUGACCUUCAACCCUCUUACAGACUCUCUUACCGGUUCCGAUGGCAAGUCCUUCAAGUUCGCCCAGCCUAAUGGAAACGAACUACCACCAAAAGGAUACGACCCCGGUGAAAAUACCUUCCAGCCUCCUCCUCCCGACAGGGCUAGCGUUAGCGUCGCCGUCAGCCCUACUAGUGACCGACUCCAAUUGUUGCAGCCAUUCCAGAAAUGGGACGGCAAGACGCCUGAAAACCUCCCUAUUUUGAUCAAAGUCAAGGGCAAGUGCACAACUGACCACAUCAGUGCCGGUGGACCCUGGUUAAAGUACCGAGGACAUCUCCAAAACAUUUCGCAAAACUGCUUGAUUGGUGCCAUCAACGCUGAGAAUGGUGAGGCCAACAAGGUCAAGAACCAGAUCACGGGUGGAUGGGACGGUGUUCCUCAGACCGCUGCCUACUACCGCGAGAAGGGCAUCAAAUGGGUUGUCAUUGGUGACCACAACUACGGUGAAGGCUCUUCUCGUGAGCAUGCCGCUCUUGAGCCUCGAUUCCUUGGUGGCCUCGCUAUCAUCGUGAGGUCGUUUGCCCGGAUUCACGAGACGAACUUGAAGAAGCAGGGAAUGUUGGCAUUGACCUUCGCUAACGCCGAGGAUUAUGAAAAAGUUAAGCCCUCCGACAGGGUGGACAUCUUGGGCUUGGAGAGCUUUGCACCUGGCAAGAACUUGACCUUGAGACUGAAGCAUGAGGACGGAUCCUCGGAGGACGUACCCUUGGCUCAUUCAUUCAACGAGGGCCAAAUCGAGUGGUUCAAAGCAGGCUCUGCAUUGAACUUGAUGGCUGCGAAGGCUAAGGGCCAGUAGUUAAUUCCUUUCCUCUGAUUUUGCUUUGACUUAACGUUUUUUUUUUGCUUGUACCUUUAUAUCACUGUCUGUUCUCUGUAGAAGAUCACAAUGUAUAGUAAUAUGGGGAAUAGACAUCUGGAAUACAAGGUGUAAUUUCGCCUGAUGAAUUGUGGGGUACUGCGGGACGGAGCGGAGCGAAAUUUGUCGUUAAGAGUCGAAGAGUCAGAGGUGAU